CGCGUGACUUCCGCGUACGUCACUGUCAACCUGCGAACUGAAGAUGGACACAAACAGAACAGCGAAGCUUGAGUUUGCUGUGCAGAUGUCAUGUGACAGCUGUGUUAAUGCAGUAAAGGCCGUCCUGGAGAAAGAUCCAGGAGUGCAGUCAGUGCAGGUAAACCUGUCUAAAGAGGAAGUUUUGGUGGAAACGGCUCUGACUUCUCUUCAGGUCCAGACUCUGAUCGAGAGCACCGGCAGACGAGCCGUGCUGAAGGGAAUUGGAGGAUCAGACUCUGAUCUGGGUGCUGCCGUGGCGAUGCUGAAUGGGGCGGGGCUUGUCCAGGGUGUGGUCAGAUUCUUGCAGCUGUCACAUGACCGCUGUUUGAUUGACGGGACGAUCGACGGACUCAGUCCUGGUGCUCACGGUCUGCAUGUGCAUGAACUGGGGGACCUCACACAGGACUGCAGGAGCUGUGGAGAUCAUUUUAAUCCAUUCAGGAAGCAGCAUGGAGCUCCACAGGACUCUGACAGGCAUGUUGGUGAUCUGGGAAACAUCAGCGCUGGUCCAGAUGGCAGAGCUUCAUUCAGACUGGAGGACUCUCAGAUCAAGGUGUGGGAUGUGAUCGGCCGCUCUCUGGUAGUGGAUUCAGGAGAGGAUGAUCUGGGUCGAGGGAAUCACCCGCUGUCCAAAACCACCGGAAACUCCGGAGAAAGACUGGCAUGUGGGAUCAUCGCUCGCUCCGCCGGACUUUUCCAGAACCCCAAGCAGAUCUGUGCCUGUGACGGAGUGACGCUGUGGGAGGAGAGAGACCGUCCUAUCGCCGGCAGAGGACGGAGAGUAGAAACACACACCUCUCAUCUGUGACCACCGCACACGCACACACACGACCGGAAGGAGAUUAUUCAUGACCAAUGAGAGCCUGAGCCAGUGUCUGAGGUGUGCACGCCACCGAUAUACACACACACACACACACACACACACACACACACACAGCACCACAUGCUAAUUAUCCUAUAUCUAGAUCUCUAUCAAACACCACAGUGAUUGUGUUGUAUUUUAGUCUGUUUGUUGGUUCGUCCUGCCGCUGAAUCACAGUUUCAAUGUAGGAAACGGAAAAUAAUUAUUCAUUUAUAUGUCAGCUGAUGCAUGUUUGUCAUUUGAUAACAUUAUUGAUUUGAAAUAUCGCUCGCUUUACAAUGAGGGUCUAUUAGUUAACAUGAACUAUAGAUGAACAAUGCUUGAUAUCAUUUAUUAAUCGUGGUUCAACCAGGGGCGUAGCGGGCAUUUUAAAAGUGGGGGGGACGGCUGUAUGAGCUCAUAUAUUUAUAUAAUUAUUAAAAACCUGUUUCUAAAUAUUCUGUCUCUAAAAGUGAGGGGGACAGAUC